AUGGACAACGAUGGCGGCGAGAAGUCGGUCGAGUCCACCCUAUACCCAUCCUAUACGGAGGAGACGGAGCGUAGCCGAUCGGAAAGCGAUGGAGCGCCAAGAACGGAACGCUCUUCAUCAACGUGUGCAUCUCGGGAGUCUCUCAUCAUCUGCAAUAGACUCGCACCUGUACACUGUCUACCUGAACCAACGUAUAGCGCCAUUGUUGAUUUCUCCUUCGUCAACCGAUGUUGUCUGGAAUCUCUGCGCAUCAAAUGGUCAUUAUAG